GGUGCUUUCAGAGGGCUGAGUCAUCUGCGUGCGGCGGGUCUGCUUAACUGCUGUACGAUAUACACGGCCGCGAAGAGAUUCCAUGGGAACAAAAGUUCACAGCUGCAGAGAGAAGAGAAACUUAAAAAUUAAUUUAAGCUUGCAGGCAAAGUUUGGGCUGUAUAUUUUAGGUCCUAAUCUUAAAACUUGCAUGAAGCAAAAAUGUCCCUUUACACGGUCCCUACGAGAAGUCGUGCUGAUGCAUUUUGUACUGCUUUACAAAAGAAUGCUUCACAAAGUACUUUCUCUAGAAGCAACAGGUUUGGACAUGUGUCAGAAAAUGAAAAAGAUAACGCAUUUUCACUGUCUCUGAAUAAGACCAAAGAAAUAAAUAGGACCUAUGUGAUUUCUGCCUGUAAAAAAGCAAGUGUUGCCACAGUUGCACCUAAACCUGAAGGUAGGUUCACACUCCAGAGACGAAAUGGGGCAAGCAAAGAAACCAUUUCUACUGAUGAUCAGUUCAACGAGAAUGCAAUGCAGGAUUCUGGUGGUGCACAGAUGGAGAAAAGACUCACCCUGCAGCGACGUGUGAGGACUGGAUCAAUAGAGAAAUGUAAAACCAAUAAAGAAAGUGUACCCAGGAUAGAAACUUCUGAUUCUGCAGUUGCAAAUAGCCAAAAUGUGUUUCCCUUAAGCAUUUGUACUGACGACUCCCACCAUAUUAAACCAGGUCUUCGGUUAGUUGAAGGUCAGUCAAAUGUAAAGUUACACAUGGAUCUGAAAAAUAAAGAUGGCCUUGCUAAUAUUAAUGGUUCAUGUGGAAACGGUAAUUGUACAUAUUUGAAAUAUAAGGCCCAUAGUGCUGAUGCUCAAACUCAAUAUGAAGUCCCUAAAUCAGCACAGUUAAUAGCAACAAAGCCCAUUAACAGGACACCGGCUAUAAAGUUGAAUGAAAAAGAUUUUAAUAAACUAUCUGGGAAGGAAAAGGUACAAAAUUCACUUGCAAAACAUGGCUAUUUAGGAAGACAAGGAAUUCCUUGGAAAGGCACCACAGAAGGAAUGAAUGUAAUAUCCAAGUGUGGGAUACCUCAGAAUGCCAAAAGUCCAGCCAUAUCUACUUUGAAGAACAGGACACCUUGCCAUCAAGUUAUAGAGAAAAAGCAAAUGAGGGCAUCUAAUUCUCUUUCCAUAAGUAGAAGUGGAGGAGCUGAAGUGAAUAACACACACGUGCCAGCUGUUGCACUUAAAGAAGAAACCCCAACUCGGAUCCCUUGCACUGAGGAAGAUGCUUUCAAAGUAGAAAACAGCAAAGUGACAGUAGCUGUGCGAGUACGACCCUUCAGUAACAGAGAAAAAAAUGAAAAAUCAUUCCAAGUGGUUUCCAUGAAUGGCCCAGAGACAGCUGUGCAGCAUCCAGACACCAAACAAACUUACAGCUUUAUUUAUGACUUUUCAUUCUGGUCCUUUGACAAGUGUCAUCCACAUUUUGCAAGUCAGGAGAUAGUAUACAAGACUUUGGCAGUACCCUUGCUAGAAAGAGCCUUUGAAGGAUACAACACCUGUCUUUUUGCCUACGGACAGACUGGUUCUGGAAAAUCAUAUACGAUGAUGGGAUUUGGUGAAGAACCAGGAAUCAUUCCAAGAUUUUGUGAAGAUCUUUUCCUUCAAAUUGGACAAACAGAUACAGAAAAGAUUUCAUACCAUCUUGAAAUGAGUUAUUUUGAGGUCUACAAUGAGAAAAUUCAUGAUUUGCUUGUCUUUAAAGCUGAAAAUGGACAGAAAAAACAACCGCUUCGUGUGCGAGAACAUCCUGUGUUUGGACCAUAUGUGGAAGACUUGACAGCGAAUGUCGUCAGUUCUUAUUCUGAUGUCCAGAGUUGGCUCGAGCUAGGAAAUAAACAGAGAGCAACAGCUGCCACUGGGAUGAAUGACAAGAGCUCUAGAUCUCACUCUGUGUUCACCCUUGUGAUGACACAAACAAAGACAGAAUUUGUGGAAGAGGAGCAACAUGAUCAUAGGAUUACUAGUUGCAUAAAUCUAAUAGAUCUAGCCGGUAGCGAACGCUGCUCAGCAACUCAGAGUGAUGGGGAGAGGCUAAAGGAGGGUGUGAGUAUUAAUAAGUCACUAUUAACUCUUGGGAAGGUCAUUUCUGCACUCUCUGAGCAGACUCAAAAUGGGAAGAGAAUUUUCAUUCCUUACCGGGAAUCUGUCCUUACAUGGUUGUUAAAGGAAAGUUUAGGUGGAAAUUCAAAAACUACUAUGAUUGCCACAAUAAGCCCAGCAGCCAGUUAUGUAGAGGAAACGCUUAGCACUCUUCGAUAUGCAAAGCAAGCCUGUUGGAUAAUCAACAUUGCCAAAGUAAAUGAAGACGUGAAUGCUAAAUUAAUCCGAGAACUGAAAGCAGAAAUUGAAAAACUGAGAGCAGCUCAGAAAAAUGCUCAGAAGACUGACCCUGAAAAAUACAGACGUUAUCUGCAGGAAAUAACAUCUUUAAGGGGAAAACUACACCAGCAAGACAAGGAUAUGGCAGAGAUGCAAAGGGACUGGAAAGAAAAACUUGAACAAGCAGAAAAAAGAAAAUUUAAAGAAACAAAAGAAUUACAGAAAGCAGGAAUUACAUUCAAGAUGGACAAUCAUUUGCCAAACCUUGUCAAUCUCAAUGAGGAUCCCCAGCUCUCUGAGUUGCUCUUAUACAUGAUAAAAGAAGGAGAAACUACAGUUGGAAAGUACAAACCAAAUUCAGCUCAUGAUAUUCAGCUUUCUGGAGUGCUGAUUGCUGAUGAUCACUGCAUUAUCAAAAAUGUUCACAGUAACGUGAGUAUUACCCCCCUGGGAGAAGCAAAGACGUAUGUUAAUGGGAAACAAAUUUUGGACCGAACAAUUCUGCACCAUGGUGAUCGUGUAAUCCUUGGUGGAGACCAUUAUUUUAGGUUUAAUCAUCCUGUAGAAGUUCAGAAAGUAAAAAGGCUAUCUUGUGGAACGACUCUUUCAAGUGAUGGUCCAAAAGAUUUUGAAUUUGCAAAAAAUGAACUUCUGGUUGCACAAAGGUCACAGCUUGAAUCAGAAAUUGAGGAGGCACGACUGAAAGCUAAGGAAGAAAUGAUUCAAGGUAUCCAAGUUGCAAAAGAAAUGGCUCAGCAAGAACUCUUAUCUCAAAAAAAAGUUUAUGAAAGCAAGAUAAAAUCACUGGAAGCAGAACUGAGAGAUGAAUCUCAUAGGAAACAAAUACAAGAAAUGAAUAACCAGAAGGCUGCAAGCAGAAUACAGGAGCUGGAAAAAGCAAAACAUCAUCUUGAGUUAGAAAUGUGUUUCAACAAGAAGCGCCUGGAAAUGGAAACAUUAGCCACGAAACAGGCUCUAGAAGAUCAUACUAUUCACCAUGCCAAGAUUCUUGAAGCUUUGGAGGCUGAAAAGCAGAAACUUUCCAAAGAAAUACAAACUCUCCAGCAUAAUCGUGGAAAUGGGGAUAAAAGUAAAACAAUUCAGCCAAACUGGAAUUCCUUGAAACUCUCUGUGAUGAUUCAGGAAGCUAAUACAAUUGGUAGCAAAUUAGGAACACACACAGUUUUUUGCAGACAUGAUGGAACAGACAAAGAAAGUGCCACUGGGCCUUCUGUUCAAGUGCAGGUUCGUAACCUGAAGCUGGGAAUUGCAACUUUCUGGAGCUUGGAGAAGUUUGAGUAUAAACUAGCAGCAAUGAAAGAACUCUAUGAGAGUAAUGGUAGUAGCAAGGCUGAUGAUAUAUUUUAUGAUCCUGCUGAUGAAUGGGAACCAGACCUCACAGCUACAUCAGUUUCCUCCUUUUCUAGAAGAAGGAGCAGAAGUUUCAUGAAGAAUCGAAGAAUUUCUGAUUGUCUGUCUGGCAUAAAAAUGCAUCCAAUCCAGAACCUACACAUUUCACAGUUAUCAGGUUCAUUGAAUAAAAGCAGAAGUAUGUGUUCAAAUCCUUCUGAAUUAUUUCUACCUGGAAUUUGCAAAGAAUUAAUUGGCUUGGCUUUGGAUAUACUAAGACAAAAUCAAGAAGAAGAAAGGAGUAUAGCAGAUAGUCUCCUAACUAAUUUGUUUACAAUUCAUACUGAAGUAACUUCCAUUUCAAAAGCCUAUAAACAGCAAGAUGAAGAAAGUCAAGAGAAUUUGUUUUCUCUUGAUCGUGGUACUCAGACCUGCAGCAUCAGAAUUACCUCUGCUUUUGAACAGCUUGUUGUUCUAACAAAGCAUUGGCUUAAUAAUUUCCAAAAGUGCACUGAUUCAGUAACAAUUGAAGAACUGAGACAGGAAAUAAAAAACUUGGGAGGUUAUUUACAAUUACUACUGCAGGGUUGUUGUUCAGAUAUACCUUCAAUGGUAAGCGAAGCUCAGAACAAAAUAAUACAAACAGUGAAACAAGCAGCAAGACAUGUGGGACACUUGGUAGCACUCGCAGGAUCUGAUUUAUACUUUUCUGAAGAGAACAAAGAUGACACAACCAGCAUACAGAGAGAUUUUAUACUUGCCAUUUAUGGUGGUGUAGUCUCAGGAUUGGAGUUUGUUUUGGCUUCUGUACAGAACAAAACAAGGGAAAUGCAGAAAGAACUUUUGAAGCAGUAUCCAAAAAAUGAGAUUCAAAAUCAAGUAAAGAAUAAUGCUCUUGCUUUGGCCAUAUCCCUUGAAAAUACUCUAUCAGACUGCAAAAAGAAAAUAACGGGAUUUCGAUUAGUAGAAGAAGAGUCUGCCUUCCAGGAAAUAAUAAUAAAAGCAACUAAUCUUGCUGCAAAAUAUUUGGAAUUGGAGCAGUGCAUGGAUAAAGUCUGUCAAGUUGUUGUUUCUUCAUUACAAGGAUCAUAUAGGAAUACAGACCAGCUCAGAAGCUGUACAGAAAAAAUUUGCACCUUAUCUGGAUAUUUUAAUAAUUACUGUAGUUUGUUUACCUUAUCUUCUUCUACAAACAAUCCUAUCCAUGAAAUACCAAGGUCUUGUAUGGUUGCUAAUGAAUUGGACUCUCUAGCUAAAGCACUCAUUAUCAGUUCUGAACUUGGAGAAGGACAAAAUUCACUGAAACCUCAGACUGCUUCUUUGCAAAUGACUGAGUCUCAAGAAAAGCAGCCCGACAGAGGUGAAACUGAACAUACUUCAAAACAGAAGGCAGUUCCAAAGCCUGAAUAUAAACUUCAAUCUUCAUCUACCAGUUCAGCAGAGCUCUCGCUCAGUGGGAUACAAUGGGUAUAAACCUGCUGCCUUAAGGCAUGAAAUAUAUUGGAUUCCCAAGUGGUGUUAUAAGUAAAUAUUUCUUUGUUUCUUUCAUGAAGGGAUACAAGGAGAGCAUACGGGUCUUUUGAGAAGGGGAAAAUUACGUGUCAUAGCAAGGUUAAAUGUCUUGCAAAUUUUAUCUUGCAAUUGUUCAGGGUUCUGAAAGUGGAUGACAUAGUUGACAUGGUACCCUGAAUUCCAGAAGAGCAAAUAUAACCCCAGAAGACAUUUAGACUUGUCAUAAGGAAACCUGCUAAAGUUUGUAUGUCUUUUGAUGAAACCUACCUAAAACUAUAGUAAAAUUAUAGAGUAACAUAUCAAAAGUAGUACAGGCAAUGGAUUAAAUCUUAGUCUGAGGAAGGUAUACAACUAAGUUAAAAAAAUGCUUAGUGAGGCCAGCAAAUUUAGUAUUAAGAAAUGACACACUUUUCACUCUUUCUUUUCAUUCUUUUUUUCCUCUCUCCCUUAUGUCAUGGUGACCUGUGAAGGUUUUCCUGGCAUCAUUAUUUUUGUCAACCUUAAUAUUUUUUAAAGAGGUUUUUAUGUUUAUAUUCUCAGGGAAAAAGUUAUGAAAGACUAUAAAAAUAUUGGCUAUAUACAUUUAGGGGGAUUGUUUUUAGACGUUUAUAAACCCUUAAGGAAUUUGGGUUAGGAAAGUGGUGAUACGAGGUAACUUGAAUGCAGCUCAAUUGUAACCAUUCAGUCGGCUUAUAGUGAGAACAUCCCACACUUUUCUUGAUGGGUGAAAUCAUUUUUAGUGCUACACAUGGUGGCUUAGGAGCAAAACUCUUAAAUAUAGAAAUACGCCCACAUGUGUAGUCUUAGAGAUUUGCACAAAUAUACAGUCUCUAUAGUUAAAAUUAAUAUGUUCAGACUGAAGACUUAGGGCUAGGUAGAGCCUAACACUUUGUAGUCACAUUGAUAAGAGGAGAGGUUAAAAGGCACUGUGUCUAAAUCUUCAUGCUGCUGCAGGGCAGAAUCUCAGCUCUUGUGCUCGGGGAAUGUAAGGGCCCUGAAUAAAAUCCUUGACUACUGGUUAAUAGCAAGAUUCCCGCUGAAUAAAUGCUGCCCUUUGUCUAACACUUGUUCUGGAUUUAAAGUGGGUUCUCUUCUCUCUAUACCAACCACUGGACUAGUCUGCCACACAAGUGGUGCUGGAUCUGCCUUGGGUUCAGCUUUGGAAGCUUUGGUCAACCACA